AUGGUAAGAGCAAGUAAAUCAAAAGGAAUAUUAACUGUAAGGACAAUCAUUGAACCUAAAUGGUUAAUAAAAGCUGAUAAUUUAAAGGAAGUUGAUGAUAACAAGGGUAGGAAACGAUAUUGGAAAUAUGAAAAGGAAGAUUAUGAUGAGGAUGGAUGGGAUAAUGUUUUAGAUAUUCCACUAGUUGCCUCAAUAGAAAUAAAGAGUCUAAUUGAAGGUCGUGUUUUACAUAUUAGAAAUGCUUAUCAUUAUGCCCUAAAACGUUUAGAUGCAACGAGAAAUCGUACUAUAUUGAUGUAUAUAUCGGAUAUAUCACAAGAUAAUGAAGUGAAAGAUGAAUUAAUUAAUAAAAACAAUAAUAAUCAAACAGAUCCUCUUUUAACUAAGGAUAAUGGAAAUAUAUCAAAUUUAAAUGAAGAUAAUUUUGGUAUGUGUUAUCCUUAUAUCAAUAGAAUUGAUUUAUUUUCUUGUAAAAAUUGUAAUGAAACUUAUAAGUAUGAAGAAGGGAGAAUAUGUAGAGUAUUAUAUCCAUCAGAACAUACAAGUAAAUGGGAAAGUGAAUAUUAUCGUAUAAUGUAUUAUGAUACACUUUGUAAAGUAUUAAGAUAUGCUUUAGAUAUGAUUAAAGUGGAAGAUAAUACAAAUACAGGUUUUUCGGAUAUAAUUCUUUCUCAAUAUUGUCCUACUAUAUAUUGGAAUAUUGUAAGGAUAUUUAAAGGUGAUUUAGAUACAGGAAUUAGAAAUAUUCUCCCUUUAGAUUUUCCAAAAAGGAAUUUUAGAAGACGUAGAAGAUCUAUACAGAGUAUAGAUAAUAAACAGUCAGCUAUAAAAUCUCAUCCUGAAAUUUAUAAAAUAAGAUCAAAAUUAGCAGAAGAGAGAAAAGAGAAAGUUUUAGAAUAUGGUAAAUUCAAUUAUCUCAAAAAACAAUUAGAAAGAGAAUUAUUCAAUAGGAUAUCUUAUUUUAGAGAACAUAAUAUACCAUAUAUAACAAAUGUACCAGUUAAUGUAGAAUUUGAUGAGAAAAGCACUAUUGUUAAUGUAAAUGGUAAUUCUUUAUCUAAUCAAAUAUCAAAUAUAAAUGAGGAGAAUUGUUUAUCCAAUAUUGAAGAUAAUACUAGAUAUUUUAGAAGAUCUAGAAGAUCCUAUAGACUCUCUGGUCCUUGUGAUGAACAAUCACUUAUUAAUAUUUAUAUAGAUUUUAAAUUAAGAUUGGUUAGACAUUCAUUAGAGAAUUUAUGUGAUAAAUGGAAAAAAGUUAUAUACAAAACUUGUUUAGAAUCAGAUAUUAGAUCUAGUAUGCUUAUUGCUAUGGAUAGUACUAAAGGAAGAUGCGUAAUAGCUGGUGCUAAUAUUCGUAAAGAUGACUUUAUACUUGAAUAUAAGGGUCAGUUAAUAUCUGAUUUACACCAAGCUGAGAAAUUAGAAAAACUUUAUGCAGAGGAGAAUAAAGGAUGUUUUAUGUAUUAUUUUAAAUAUAAUGACAAAAAUUAUUGUAUUGAUGCUACAGAUGAAACUAAAGAUUAUGGACCAGGUCGUUUAAUUAAUCAUUCACGUAAAAAACCAAAUUUAGUAUCUAAAGUCCUCAAUGUUGGAUUGAAGCCUAGGUUAUUUUUUAUUGCUAAACGAGAUAUAUAUUGUGGAGAAGAACUUUUAUUUGAUUAUGGAGAAUAUAACCCUGAAGUUAUAUUAAGUAAUCCUUGGCUAAUGUCAUAG